AUGUCCUCGCUGAUUGAAGAGAAUGACAAGAGCCGAGCUAUCCAUCUCCGCGUUGAUGAACUAGGCGUUGCCUCAAAGACCGACAUCCUUGUUCCAAGCUGCGAAGAUACCGCCGCUCUGUUUUCUUUCCUCGCGGCAGAUAAAUCCUUCUCUAACGAAAGCGGCCAGCUCCGAUUCCAGCAUUCCGGCUUCUCGCCUUCACUGGACAUUCUGACCAUUGCUGUUGAGGCCAUUACCUUCGAACAAGCCCGCCCUUAUUGCCUCAAUGUCGAGGAAGUGAAGGUCUUGAGACCUGACUACAGCCUGGCGAUGAAGGUCCAGUGCUUUUGCCUACGACAAGAUGAUGGUCAAAGAUCGGAGCUCAUAAGCGAUGACUGUGCCGAAAAGUUCAAGUUUGGUUAUUACCAUUUGCUUGAGCUCCGUCAAGAACUCGGAGCAGAGCACAUCGCAAAUUUUAUCAGGGUCGGUGGCAGAAAGCUAAUGCUCCCAUGGAACCAGAACUCGGAAGAUCAGAAGGAAUACUUCUCCUGCUUCGCUGAGCCGGGUGCCGAUCCGUUCACUGUGGAGCUCGAGGAGAGAUGA